GCCCUUUCAACGAAUGUCACCCCUUGUUCUUGGAUCUGCACCUUGCUAUCGAACCUUUGAUUACAAGGAUAUCGUGCUUUUUUUAUUGAACGUUGCCAUUGGAUACGAUAAUGCCUGACUGGGUCCAUUUCCCACAAGAGCUUAUCGAUGCGAUCGUCAACGAGGUGCACAACUCUCGUGAUCUCAAAUCGUGCUCUCUUGUCAGCCGCAGCUUCUCUUCGCGGACCCGUGCUCUCCUCUUUCACCGAAUCAACCUAAGAGCUAUCAGAUACGUCGAAAAUUUCGUUUUUACAAAAUUCCACGAGAUUUGUCUCUCGUCACCGCAGUUAUCUGCCAGUGUCAAGAUCUUGGGUAUAUCCAAGUACGGUAAAAUAUCACGGUCGACCCCACCGCCGGCUGGUGGUAUCCUUGACCUCAUAAUUCAAUCUUUGCCGAAUCUGGGCGUCAUUACACUACUUGACGUCCGCAUGGAUUAUUUUCUUGAUGGUUCACUUGCGUGUCUUUCCUCAUAUUCAUUUCUCGGAAUUCACCUCAAUGAUGUCGUCUUUGACAAUAUAGAUCAGCUCUACGAACUUAUCUCCGGAUCGCCACAGCUUAAAUCCCUGAUCUUGUCCCGGAGUGUUUUAGUUUUCAAUGAGGAAAGCCAGCGCUCGGCAGCGUAUCUUGCAUCACCUCAAGUUGAGGACCUAGUUCUCAAAUAUGAUGAUAAUCCGGCUCAUCGAGUUGGCUCGGGAAUCCUCGAAAGCAUAUUCCGACAAGGAGGCUGUCCAUUCUCUUUGGAGCGAGUGAGACGUCUUACGAUCAACGUUGGCCACCAUCACAAGGUCGAUUUUGAUCGCGCUAACGCCAUUCUUGCUGCUACGUCACAGACUCUUCAGGAGCUGACUGUGGUUCUUAACCCGUUUUCCUACUGGCCUCAUUUUCGUCCCGAGUCGCCUUUGCAUAUCCUUUGCUUUGGCUCGACACGAAAAAUACUCUUCUCAUUCAUUCAUGGUUUUGACACAACGGUAAACCUCUGGUGGUGUAUCCGCAACCUUAUUCACAUUCGAGACAAAGUCGGACAGUCAACUAUCGAAGAGCUGGCUUUCGAAAUAGUAGCGGAUGACGUGGCUGUAGCUAUCAAGGAGUGGGCGGAGCUGGAUGAAUUACUAUCCAACCCUCCAUUUUCCGAUACGUUCCGACGUCUCCGCGUUACUAUUAUACAACAUCCUGAUCUGGAUCCCACAGCUGAGGCACAGAGGGCAGACUUUGGGUCUUUCUUUCCAUCUUUGAGCCAAAAAGGAGGAGUCAGCUUUAGCUUGGACUAUAGCGAAUGGAAGCAGUUCUUCAAGUAUAGAGAGGAUUGGCGUCGGUCCGACUGGUAUUCUGCUUUGGGCUUCAAAUCUAUGACCAAAGUAGCCUUCUAUCACUAGAAAUUUUACUGAUUCUGAAUUUUUGGAAGAUUUGCGCCAGUUACAUUCAAAAACGUGUACGUAAUGAUUGACGAAUGAAAUCGAUAGUGUUACCGUAUAAUGCCAAUGAAUGUUAACGCGUCAGCGG